AUGCGCUCCUGCGUAAGUCAGGGACAAACGAUGCGACCCCUACUAAGUGCAGACCAUCCAUCAGUGUACAACUCCACCGCCCCUCACCCGGUAUGCUCAUCCCAAUUUAGGUUUCACCCCGUGCACCUUCGCCGUGCCAAAGAAGUUACCAUCAGGAAAGACUACUUCGAUUCAGUCAAUGAAAAUAUAAAGUACGAACAACUCAAUGAGCAGUGGGAAGUGUUCUGGUUUGAAAAUAACAAACUGAAUGCGAAACCUUUCCCUAUUAAAAAGUAUGGGAUAGAAUCAGCCAAGAGGGAGGCCAUCAAAUUUUUCGAAUAUUUAAAGGACAACAAGCGCAUUAAUGACAGGCCCCAUUACGAGUCUGGCGUGGAAGGGGUCCAUUACGAUGUCGUAACAAACUGCUGGGUGGCAUUCUACCGCCAGAGAAACUUCCCCGUGUGCAGGUCCUUCUCAGCCGAGUAUCACGGGUUCGAAACGGCCAAAAAGUUAGCCAUAGAGAGAGUUAAGAAGUGCAAAGGGUGA